AUGCAGACUCCUCGAAAGAUUCCAACAUCUAAACCAUUUAAACAAAGGAAAAGUUUAGCAACAAGAAAGUCAGAAGUCAUUGGUAUAAAGGCCAAGUUUCCUACUAAAGUCCCGGUCAUUGUAGAGAGAUACAACAAAGAAAAAUACCUACCUCUCCUUGAUAAAACAAAGUUUCUUGUUCCUCAGGAUCUUUCUAUGUCCCAGUUUGUAAAUAUUAUAAGAAAUCGAAUGGAUUUAUCAGCAACUCAAGCAUUUUAUAUUCUGGUGAAUGAAAAGAACCUUGUCAGUAUGACCUUCACUAUGUCAGAAUUGUACAGGGACCAUAAGGAUGAAGAUGGCUUUUUAUACAUGACCUAUGCAUCUCAGGAGAUGUUUGGGUCAGAGUAUGCUUAUUUAUAA